UAUAAAAUCCGACAAAUCACAAACAUGUCCACCAUCCUUCCCAUCUCAUCAGUUUCUUCUAAGGAAAUAACAUAUGUAUAGGCCAAAAAUUGGAGGCUCCCCCCUAUUCACUGGCCUUACCUAAGCCUGCCACUCAUCCAUGAAAUACCAUGGAAUUUCUCCAUGAACCGACAAGGGGUUCGAAUGCUGCCAUUAAUGGAGGCGACAACGCUUCGAUUCUCCACUGAUCUUUGCAGGUAUCUGUCUCUCUCCAUCUCUCUCACAAGUCCAUCUCCUUUUCUCUCUUCUUGCUUUCUGUGUUUGCAGCAACAGUAUACACCUACAUCAUCAUCAUCAUCAUCUCAUAUAAUGCAGCACAACCUCAACCUCUCCCCCUACUUUAAAUCUCUUCUCUUCUCAUCUCUCUUUCUUCCAUAGAGACUACCUUUGAUUUGUUACCACCUUCCUUCCCACCAAACAGCUCUCUUUCUUUCUAUUUAACCUCCUCUAUCUCCUCCCCCACCUACCUCUUCAUAUUAUCUUGCUCUUUCUAUCUCACUUUCACUAAACCCCAUCUCUUGAUCUUCAGUUCUUCUACAGACUAUGGACCAUUUUCAACCCAAUACUUCUCUCCAUCUCAGUCUAGCUAACACUGAAGUCAACCUAGAACUUGUCCUUGAGCAUUCUUCUUCUUCAUCCUCAUCCCCUUUAAGUCCAGCUGAGCCUCGAGUCUUCUCCUGCAACUACUGCCAGAGGAAGUUCUACAGCUCACAAGCCCUUGGAGGACACCAGAAUGCUCACAAGCUUGAAAGGACUUUGGCCAAGAAAAGCCGAGAGCUAAGCUCAGCUGUGAGGCCUCAUGGAGGGCCAAACCAACGAUCCAACGCCAGUGGUACCGGCCUUUUUCGACGUACUCAACAACCCGUUGUGGGGUUUGAGCAUCAAGGACAUGCUGGUAGGUUUCAGAAUGAUAUGAGCUAUGGCGCCAGGAUAGAGAUGAACUAUGAUUCUAGACCUGAGAAUGUUCAGGAGGAGUUCAGCCAUCUUGACUUGUCUCUAAGGCUUUGAACUAUUAAUGGCCCACUUGUUUCAGUUGUAAUUUUUCAUUUUUGUGAUUUUCUUUUCAAUCAAAAGUAUUUGAAUCAGGAGAGAAGAGUAAUAGAACUGCAAGGAAUUCAUUCAAA